GCCCUGUCACUGACGUUUGGAUGGGAGAGACUGAGCGGUAGAGAGGGAAAGAAGAGAAGAAGAGAGAGAGGAGAGAAAAGGGGGGAGAGAGCGAAACUAGGAAGAGAAGGAAAGUGAGGGGAUAGGAAAGGGGCAAAAAACAACAAGCGCUGGUAGUAAGCGGGAAAGAAGAUGGCAGGGACCGUGACGGAAGCCUGGGAUGUGGCAGUAUUUGCUGCCCGACGGCGCAAUGAUGAAGACGACACCACAAGGGAUAGCUUGUUCACUUAUACCAACAGCAACAAUACCCGGGGCCCCUUUGAAGGUCCAAACUAUCACAUUGCGCCACGCUGGGUCUACAAUAUCACUUCUGUCUGGAUGAUUUUUGUGGUCAUCGCUUCAAUCUUCACCAAUGGUUUGGUAUUGGUGGCCACUGCCAAAUUCAAGAAGCUACGGCAUCCUCUGAACUGGAUUCUGGUAAACUUGGCGAUAGCUGAUCUGGGUGAGACGGUUAUUGCCAGUACCAUCAGUGUCAUCAACCAGAUCUCUGGCUACUUCAUCCUUGGCCACCCUAUGUGUGUGCUGGAGGGAUACACUGUUUCAACUUGUGGUAUCUCAGCUCUCUGGUCCUUGGCCGUUAUAUCUUGGGAACGCUGGGUCGUUGUCUGCAAGCCCUUUGGAAAUGUCAAGUUCGAUGCCAAACUGGCCGUGGCUGGCAUUGUCUUCUCCUGGGUGUGGUCUGCUGUAUGGACAGCACCACCCGUCUUUGGCUGGAGUAGGUACUGGCCCCAUGGCUUGAAGACCUCAUGCGGUCCAGAUGUAUUCAGUGGCAGUGAUGACCCCGGUGUUCUGUCUUACAUGAUUGUCCUCAUGAUCACCUGUUGCUUCAUUCCCCUGGCUGUCAUCCUUCUCUGCUACCUGCAAGUGUGGUUGGCUAUCCGUGCGGUUGCUGCCCAGCAGAAAGAGUCUGAAUCUACACAGAAGGCUGAGAAGGAAGUGUCGAGGAUGGUGGUAGUCAUGAUCAUUGCCUAUUGCUUCUGCUGGGGGCCAUAUACGGUCUUUGCCUGUUUUGCUGCUGCCAACCCAGGCUAUGCCUUCCACCCCCUUGCAGCUGCUCUGCCUGCUUACUUUGCAAAGAGCGCAACUAUCUACAACCCAAUUAUCUACGUCUUCAUGAACAGACAGUUCCGUAACUGCAUAAUGCAGCUCUUUGGCAAGAAGGUGGAUGAUGGCUCUGAAUUAUCCUCCACCUCCCGCACUGAGGUCUCUUCUGUCUCUAAUUCCUCUGUAUCGCCGGCAUAAGAGCCCCCUGCCUGAAUAGCCACAAAGACUGGAGAUUCUGCCUCCCAGGAGAGCCCCAGUGAGAACUUCCUCUUUCCUCCUGGACUGAUUGCUGCUGAACAGAUUCCCUUUGAGAAUAUGAAAUACUGGCCUGCCAUCUCUACAGAUCCUCUUCUUUGAACUUAUACUGCACCCUCAGCUGGGAGUGCUGCUGUUUCUCCCCUGGUGAUUUGGGGGAGGGAAAUGUUUUUUCUCUCAAAAUUGCUUUGGGAUGGGGGUGAAGGGGUGAGGAAUUCUCUGCUCAAAUAUCCCAUCUUUCUGCAACAUUCCCAAGAGGUGUUGUUUGAACACUCUUUUCCCAAGGUCCCGUCCUGACUCACUAGUCUCCCUGUGCACCCCUCCCCCAACUCCCCAGAGGAGCAGAAUAAAGGGGGUUCCCUGGGGAAAGCAUAUCGCUUUUGUAAAGCAAGUCUAUUGGAGGCCGUCUUAGCAGUGAACCUGCCCCUCCAUCCGCAUUUCCCCCCAUGAUCCACAUCCUUUGACUGGAUGGACUGAUAUCCCAAGAGGGAAGAUUACCCACAGUUUGGCAACACAGGCCAUAUUCCCUUUUUCUCUGCCCCUCCUAUGAAGUUUUCACUGGUGCCAGGGAGUGCAUUGAAGGGGGCCAAGAGGAGGAAAAGUUUGUCCCCCGAGGUGUCUGUGCCUCAGCCAAGUCGAAUGCAUUGAAUCUUAAUUCUGUUGAAAGUGGGCAUGAUUCUGACACGGGUAGAACCAACGAGACUCAGCAUGAUCCACCUCGGUCAUUGCAGGGGCUUUGUGCUUCUUCCCAGCAUGGCUCAACUGGAACCAUUCUGUACAUAGUGUUUGAUACUAAAGCCUGUUGUGUCCCUGGGACAUCUAGCUAGAAAUGCAAAAGGGAAAAUGACCAAAAAAAUCUGCAGCAGUGAGAGUGAGAUAGAGAAUAAAGAUUUUUAACUUCUGUAUAUAA